AUGGUAACUGAAGGCGCAGUGAUAUAUCUUAUUUAUUGUGAAACCGGGUGGUUUGGGUCCAGCUGUCAGUAUAGGUGCCGAUGUAUGCAAAACAACUGUGACGCGAAUGGUCUGUGUACAGGCAGUGAUAGAUGUCUCAAUGGAUGGUUUGGCCCGGCUUGUCAGUACGCUGAUCUGGCGUACAAUCGAUCAGAUUUUACGGAGAUCACAGAUGCUGAUGACGACACCUGUAACACCGACCCACACCUAGACCGUGUACAUGUGCAGCUUAAAGGAAUAUUUACCUGGCUAAGGGUCGUCGUCAGUAACCCUAAAUCCCGGUACCAGCUGAAAUUUCGAUUACGAUUUGGCUCUUCCGUAGACUGGUGCACCGAUGGCCGAACUGCACCGGUCAGCGAGAGAGUGUUGGACGUGUACUGUCCGAGCAACAGGACUGUCCUGGGCGUGAUCAUCCUGGGACUGGGAGUCCGGCAUCUCUGUUCUCUUUACAUCAGUGGAGGUCGAAACAUGGCCUUAAGGCAGUUCACUAACCAGUCGACGACUUCUACUUUUGCGGGUCCCAAUAAUGAGAUUAUAUCGUUAGGGCCAGAUAAGGCCGUAGAUGGCUUUACAGAUGGAAAUACCAAAAUGCUGACCUGUACACACACUAUAAACGAUGACAAACUGUUCGGCCAAUAUUGGACUGUGAGAUUGGGACACCCAGGACGUGUUAGUCGAUAUGUGUUGUACAAUCGACUUACGAUGGGAUACAGGCUCAUCGGCUUCAAGCUGGAAAGCUUCAGCAAGGAGGGAGCUGCAAUAUUUUCCUUCGCGGACGCAAGCCCUAUCUCACAGACUGUGUACACCAUACACAACGAGACACUAGGCGUUGCCUCCGUGACGAUAUCUCUUCCCUUUAAUAAAACAAGGCUGACACUGUGUGAAGUCGAAGUGUACGGAGAUACUAUAUGCGAAUCUGGACAUUACGGACGGGAGUGCGAGAAGCAGUGUAACUGUUUGAAUAGUGAGGACUGUUUUGUCAGCUCUGGAGGCUGCCCCUCGGGAUGUCACACCGGCUAUCAUGGAGAGAACUGCAGAACACCUUGCAGCUCGGAUCAGUAUGGCCAGCAGUGCACGUAUAAUUGUAGUCAGUUCUGUGUACGCGACUUAUCAGAUGACAGGACAUGUGAUCUUGUCAGUGGCAGAUGUUUCCGUGGAUGUCAAAGCGGUUACAGCGCUCCUAGAUGUGAAACCGUAUACGGCACUGAUGUUUCUGCAGUAUGUGAUGCCGACAAAGGGGAAGCUGAAUGUGGUUCAUUCUGUAGCCCAGCUUGUGCUAGACCUGUACACGACACAGUCGAAGACCCUGAAUUAUGCAGCAUUGAGGACGGUGUCUGUCUGUACGGGUGUGAUGCUGGAUACUCAGGACCUUCAUGUUUAGAUGUCUGUAGGCUAGACACAUAUGGUCGAGACUGUGUUUUGUCCUGCAACAAAAACUGUCGACACCCAGAAGACGAAUUCAAGUCCUCGUGUGAUCACGUCAACGGAUCCUGUUUGCACGGGUGCAUCAGCGGGCCCAACAGAACCUAUUGUGAAAUGG